ACUGAGUGAGCACGAUGGAUUGGAGACCGGGGGCCGCCAUGCUCGCAGUGGAUGUCGCACUUGCAGUGAUGAACGUCAUGGUCAAGAAGGCUCUGAGCGGGGGCAUGAACAAGCUCGUCUUCAUAACACUCAGGCACGCAGUGGCCACUCUCUUCAUCUCCCCCAUCGCCUUCUUCUACGAGAGGAAGAUCAGGCCAAAGUUGACUCUGGAAAUCUGCUUGUAUCUCUUCUUCAGCGCCAUGUUUGGUGCUUCUCUGACUCAGUACCUCUUCUUCCUCGGACUCGAGCACACCUCUGCCACAUUCGCCUGCGCCUUCCUCAACAUAGCCCCUGUGUGCACCUUCCUCAUAUCCUUAGCAAUGAGGAUGGAGUUUGUGAAUCCGACAACUAAGGAGGGGAGGGCGAAGGCAGUCGGGGCACUCGUUUGCUUCAUGGGAGUGCUCGUGCUCACAUUCUACAAGGGAGUGAGAUUGAACACAGGCGGCGGCGAGGCGGCCGGAGGAUCGAGAAUGGGAGGAACAGAGUAUGGAUCGAGGAAAUGGACGAUGGGUUCUAUGGCAGUGAUCGGAGGGUGCGUGAGUUGGUCGGCGUGGUUCCCGUUGCAGGCCAGAGUCGGGCGCAAGUACCCUGCUCUGUGUUCAUGCACUGCGCUGGUGUUCUUGAUCAGUUUCCUGCAGGCGGCGACCUUGACCUUGGCCACGCAGAGGGGAGCCUCAGUCUGGAUCUUGAGGAAGAAGAUGGAGAUCGCCACUGUCAUUUUUUCAGGGGCAGUGGGGUCUGGGUUUGGGAUUCUGGCCAUGUCAUGGUGUAUAGAAGAGAAAGGUCCUGUGUUCACUGCUGCAUUCACUCCUCUGAUACAGAUCCUGGUGGCUCUCAUCGACUUCGCCUUCCUCCACGAACAAGUCUACAUCGGAAGUGUGUUGGGGUCAGUUUUGGUGAUUGCUGGGCUCUACUCGCUACUCUGGGGGAAGAACAAGGAAGGCAAAGGCGGUGUCGUAGGGAAGGAAGAAAACCGAGUUAAUGGAGGAGACGACCAAGUGCAGACUCCAACUGUUUGAAUGCUUAAAGUACAUCUCAUUGUCUCCCGGGCGUAGCACAGCUGGGGUGCAUGAUUUUGUGGUCGAGAGGUUCAAGGUUCGAUUCUUAGGGUGUCAUUGUCUGGGGUUAACGUCCCGGCUAUGCGCUUUCAGCCGUGUAUCUGUAUUUACCUCCCUCUAUAUCCGUGAAACUAAUUCUAGAGGGGUCGUUGAUGUAACGGUUCUAUAUUUUUUUUAAGUACAUCAGGCUAGAUAACGUCGAGUUUGAGGUGACUGAUCCGGUUCCAUGGAAGUUUCUCAU